AUGGCUUCUCAACAUACUUCCAAGCAGCGCCUUGCGCUCGCCAUCUGCGACUUCCUCACCAACUCUACCACGGACGGGACUCUGACCGCCGAAGACAAGGACUCUGUCGAAGUCGCAGUCAACUGUAUCGCCGAAUCCUUCAAGGUCGACCCCGCUGAUAAAGAUGCCGUCCGCGCUGCCGUCGGUACCCAGAGUUUACUGUCCAUCUACUCCGUAUACGAGAAGUUGAAGGCCACGACUGGUGCUGCUGGUGCUGCUCCCGCCGCUGACGCCGCUGACGCCGCUGGCACUUCUGCCGCUGAACCUACGGAGGAGCAGAAGAAGGAAGCAGAGGGGCUUAAGAGCAAGGGAAAUGCUGCCAUGGCCCAGAAAGACUACCCUUCGGCCAUUGAUCUAUACACUCAGGCUCUGAACCUGCAUCCUUCAAACGCUGUUUUCCUGUCCAACCGCGCUGCUGCUCACUCGGCGGCCAAGGACCAUGCUUCGGCCCGCGUUGACGCCGAGGCCGCUGUCGCAGUUGAUCCUACAUACACAAAGGCCUGGUCCCGUCUUGGACUUGCUCGGUUCGCUUUAGGUGACGCCAAGGGUGCUAUGGAGGCGUACAACAAGGGUAUUGAAUACGAGGGCAAUGGAGGAUCCGAAGCCAUGAAGAAGGGGUACGAGACGGCCAAGCGUCGGGUGGAAGAGAUGCAAGCAGACGAGGUCAACCUACCCCGAUCAUCUCCGGGAGCUGGUGCCGGAGCUGGCGCCGGAGGCAUGCCCGACCUGGGUAAUCUUGCAUCGAUGUUUGGCGGUGGUGCUGCAGGUGGUGCUGGCGGCAUGCCAGAUCUGGGCUCCAUCAUGAGCAAUCCCAUGUUCGCUAGCAUGGCUCAGAACCUGAUGAGCAAUCCAGACCUCAUGAACAACCUCAUGAGCAACCCUCGCCUUCGUGAAAUGGCCAACCAGUUUAGCAGUGGCGGUGGCAUGCCUGACUUAAACAGCCUCAUGUCGGACCCUAACAUUGCUGACAUGGCUCGAAACAUGAUGGGUGGUGGCGGUGGUGCCCCAGGUGGUGCUCCUGGCCAGGGCAGUGCUGGGCAGUAA